GCCUGUGGGUGUGGGUGUGUGUGUGUGUCUCACACCUGGAAAACCAACAGCUGUAACCAACCCAUCCAUCUGACCCUGAGAGACCAUCGCAGAGCACUUCUCCUCCGAAACUCCCAACCAACCAACCAACCAACCCACCACCCACCAGCUCUCCCUCCAGUAACAGAUGCUUGAAGUUGGCUGGAUUGACCUGCAAAAUAAUCCACUGGUGAUUAGACACGCUCAACUUUAUUUAAUAUCUUCUGAAUACCAAGUACAAUGAAGGCAAUACUCCUCCUUUGCAACGUUGGAUGGCUACUGACAGAAGCAUUCGCUCUAUUCGGAGCGCCAGCUUGCCCAGACCAAGACCCAAAACUCCACCAUUGGAGUCCUGGCCACGAUAAGGAACACCGGGUUACAAUUGGACGAGAUCGCCAGCUGCUCCUGGUAUCUUCAGCCACAGUUCAUUCUAUUCAUAUUUUCGACGGAGGCAGACUUGUUAUUUCAGACAGCGGCAAGCAACCUAUUGUGCUACGCACACGAAACAUUCUGAUUGAAGAUGGUGGAGAGCUCCAUAUUGGCAGUGAAGGCUGCCCAUUUCAAAGUAACUUCACCAUCAUUUUAUACGGAAGAUCUGACGAGAAAACCGAAGCAUUGCACAGCUACUUUGGCUUGAAGUACAUCGGCGUUAGUAGAGGUGGAACACUUGAAAUUCAUGGAGCUCACAAAUUGUCCUGGACAUUUCUGAACAAAACCCUUCACGCCGGUGGUAUGCGUGAGGGUGGCUACUACUUUGAAAAAAGUUGGGGUCAUCGUGGCAUCAUAGUCCAUGUCAUUAAUAAUAUUGGAGAAGUGGUCCAUUCCGAUAAGUUUGAUACUUAUAGAAGCAGAGAUGAGAGUAAACGUCUUGCUGACUACUUGAAUGGCGUUGAAGAAGGCAUGAUAUUAUCAGUUGCUGUGAAUGAUGAGGGAUCAGCCAAGUUGGAGGACUUUGCCAAGGCCGUUCUGGUAAAGCUGGGCAGUAAGCAUUUCAGACAACUAGGAUUCAGGCAUCCUUGGAGUUUCAUCACAAUAAAGGGAUAUCCCGAAACUUCUGUGGAGGAUCACAUUAUCUAUCAAGGUGCCGAAGGAUCAGCUAUGGCGAAAGUGUUUAAACUUUUCCAGUCGCCCUAUGGAGAUCACUUCACUGUUGCCUCAACCAGUGAGUGGGUGCAAGAUGUGGAGUGGACCGAGUGGUUCGAUAGGGAUGAUGAGAGAGGGUCUGGAGAUUGGGAAAAAUUAUCGGACCUUAGAGCAGCUUUUCCUGGAAACAUCUGUGCCAGUCCAGUUGACAUGCAGGCAUCGACUGUUGAUGGAAUCCCAGCCAAUUUGACAACUGAGGUAUUCCAUAAACAUGAUCGAGAGUACGGGUUUGUUUGCCGUAAUCAGGACCAGGUUGAUGGAAUCUGCUAUAACUACAAAGUGCGCUUCCUUUGUGGUAAACCAGUGUGGCCCAAGGUGACCGUUACCAUAGAUACACAUAUUAAUAGCAGUAUUCUGGAGCUAGCAGACGAUGCCAGGACGUGGAAGGCUGGUGAUGUCAUCCUUGUUUCGAGUACUGAUUAUUCUAUGUACCAAACGGAAGAAUUUCAGCUGUUACCCUGCCCAGAAUGCAGAGCAAACCAGAUCAAAAUCCAUGGAAAGGCAAAAUAUCCUCAUAUUGGUGAGGAGGUUGAUGGCAUUGACAUGCGUGCAGAAGUAGGAAUGCUGUCCAGGAACAUAUUAAUUAAGGGGGAAAUGGAGGAUCGGUGCUAUGGUGAUAAUGCCUGCACAUUUUUUGAGUUUGAUACUGUUGGAGGACACAUUAAGAUGGGAAUAGGUUUCAAAGCGACUCACAUUGAAGGUGCUGAGCUGAAACAUAUGGGCCAGCAGUCCAUGGGCCAUUAUCCCAUUCAUUUUCACAUGGCUGGAGAUGUGGAUGAAAAAGGAGGUUACCACCCCCCAACGUAUGUGAAGGGGAUAUCCAUUCAUGACUCUUUCUCACGGUGUGUGACUAUCCACGGUUCAAAUGGACUACUGGUGAAAGAUGUCGUUGGCUACAAUACCCUGGGGCAUUGCUUCUUUACUGAAGAUGGGGCUGAGGAACGAAACACAUUUGAUCAUUGCCUGGGACUGCUGGUCAAGGCAGGGACCUUGUUGCCAUCAGAUCGCAACAACCAAAUGUGCAGGUUCAUAACAGAAGGAGCUUACCCAGGGUACAUCCCAAAGCCCAGACAGGACUGCAAUGCUGUUUCCACGUUUUGGAUAGCUAACCCAAACAACAAUCUCAUCAACUCUGCAGCUUCAGGCUCUGAAGAAACGGGUUUCUGGUUCAUUUUUCACCACGUGCCUACAGGGCCCUCAGAAGGAAUGUAUUCCCCUGGUUAUUCUGAACACAUGCCACUGGGAAAGUUCUAUAACAACAGAGCUCAUUCCAACUUCAGGGCUGGAUUAAUGCUUGAUCACGGGGUGAAAACAACUCCAGCUAAUGCAAAGGACAAGAGGCCUUUUCUUUCACUGGUUGGUUCAAGGUAUAGUCCCCAUAAAGAAGCUAAUCCUUACAAAUCGAGGGAGCCUGCUUUAAUCGAGCAUUACAUUGCUUAUAAAAAUCAGGACCAUGGUGCUUGGCUUCGUGGUGGCGAUGUAUGGUUGGAUAACUGCCAAUUCGCUGACAAUGGAAUUGGUUUGACCCUUGCCAGUGGUGGGACUUUUCCAGACGAUGAUGGGGCCAAACAGGAGAUUAAAAACUCUUUGUUUGUUGGGGAGAGUUCUAACCGAGGGACAGAAAUGCCGGAUAAUCAUUUUUGGGGACCUGGCGGUUUGGAUCACAGUGGACGAGCUCUUCCCAAAGGAAUGAAAUUUCCCAUUCGAGGAAUGCAGAUCUAUGACGGCCCAAUUAACAUACAGAAUUGCACUUUCCGUAAAUUUGCAGCACUGGAUGGUCGUCACACCAGUGCUAUUGGUUUCCGACUCAACAAUGCCUGGCAGAGCUGUCCACAGAACAAUGUGACAAACAUCACGUUUCAAGAUGUCCCAAUCACAUCUCGCGUCUUCUUUGGAGAGCCAGGGCCGUGGUUCCACCAGAUGGAAAUGGAUGGGGAUAAAACGACUAUCUUUCAUGAUGUGGAUGGAUCGGUCUCUGAAUAUCCUGGAUCUUAUAUUGUAAAACAUGAUAACUGGCUGUUGAGGCAUUCUGAAUGUAUUGAUGUUCCAGACUGGAGGUCUGCUAUCUGUAGCGGUCACUAUGCACAAGUAUAUAUUCAGACUAGACACCCAGCGAAUCUGAAGAUGAAGAUAAUUAAAGAUGAGUACCCUGACAAUCCUCUGUACUUAAGUGGAGCUCUGGGCAGACACAGUCAUUACCAGCAAUACCAGCCUGUGGUUAUGCUACAGAAAGGAUACACUAUCCACUGGAAUGGGGUAGCUCCUGAGGAGCUAACAGUAUGGCUCAUCAACUUUAACCGGAAUGAUUGGAUCCAAGUAGGAAUCUGUUAUCCUAAAGGAACCACAUUUACUAUUAUCUCAGACAUUCAUAAUCAGUACAAAAAAACAGUCAAGACGGGAACUUUCUUGCGAUCCCACCAGAUGGAGAAACUGGACCGUACCGACUCUGGCAGAGGCUUCUACUUCUUUGAUGAGGUUGCUGGAGUUCUGUUCUUGAAAGUGAAAGCUCACCACAACCGCCAGGAGUUUGCUUUCUGCUCUGAGAGAGGAUGCGAGAGAAUAAAGAUCAAAGCCAUCAUUCCAAAGAAUAGCAAGAUUAGUGACUGUGUUAUGAGGGUAUAUCCGAAGUAUGGAAGAAUUCCUACUGUGGAUGUGCCAAUGCCACAGAAGCUACCCACAGCCCAGCUGCAUACCAAAGAUCGAUUCUUAGAGGUAAAGCUUGAAUCCUAUAGAACCAGAUUCUUCCAUAUAAAGGAUAACUUGGCCUAUUCAGUGGUUAAUGGAAAGAAGUAUUAUCAUUCAGAGGACGGGAUGCAGAUCAUUGUAAUGGAUGGACAGACCGGAAAAGUGGUCGAUAAUAAAAGUUUUAAAAACACGAUCUUACGAGGUAUCCCAGUCCAUGUGGAGAAUUAUGUAACAAACAUAAAAAACAAUUCCAUAGUUCUGGUGACAUCGAAAGGAAGACUGAUUUCAGAAAGACCUUGGAACAAUGUUCUAACACAACUUGGAGCUCCCAGUGGCAUUAAACUAAAAGAAAAACUUGUGUUUGUGGGAUUUAAAGGAAGCUUCAAGCCUGACUGGAUAAAAUUUGCCACCAGUGAAUCGGCUGCAAAAAUUCAUGAAGUUGUGCCCAUCCCUGUCAUAAAGAAAGAAAAACUAUGAGCAAUUGUAGUAUUGCCCAAGUACAACUUGGUUUAUUUACACAGGAGAAAUCACGGUAGUGCUAAUGAUAUGUGUAGGGUAAACAUCUAUGAAUAUGAUCCUAUGGGUAGGAUAACAGGUUGGCAGAACUGUCAAGGAUUGCAUUAGCAGCACAGCUAUAGUGUUUUAUGUGAAGAAACAAAGCUUACUUAAAAAGUUGAUACUAUUUGUAGGUGUAUUUGAUGAUAUUCCCUAUUUUGUCUGAAAUGUCUCCUUCCCGAAAUAGCUGGUCCUUUUUCGGUUCUUUAUACUUUAGUGUUUUGUAUGUUGGUGUUUCUUUCUGUAAACCUCACAAAAGAUUUAUUUUAUGCUGUGUGUACGUUUCUAUUUAUUUAUUAAGGCACUAUAGAACAAAACACCAAGGCACUUGUGGAACUGCAUUGUACAAUUUCCAUAUCUAUAACAGAACGUAAAUAUAUUUUCCAUAUCACUAUUACUUGCUCUGGUAAAAUCAUAGUAACAAAUCUGAUUAUGGUAAUUUAAGCAUUGGUUAAGAAUGUAAUUUAUUGAAGUGGAAGGUCUCUUUUUAAGAUUUCCUUCCGAAGGGGAUGUUGGUUUAUAUAAAUAUAAAUGAUCUGUGUAUACAGAAAUGUGUGUAUGUAAUGAUUCAUAAUAAAUGUAAAUCUAAUUGAUUUCCAAGUGAAAUGAA